CCAGCAUUUGGGAAUGAAAGGGUGUGUGUGUUAGGAAGGGCUAUAUGCGGCUAUUUGUAAAUAAACUCACACGGGAAUGAAUAUAGGUUGUCCAAGUACAGCGUAAAAAAAACGUAGGCUGGAAACGCUCGCGCGGGGACUGUUUUCUAGUAUCUAAACCACAAGUGGAGCCCACACCACACAAGUGCACUUCAAGAACUUCGGCGGGCUGCACGACGACGUAAAGAUGACGAUGCCCGAAGUCAUACGGAAGGCCAGCUACGGGAUAGCGAAAAGGUUCCUCAGGAAUCCAUCACGGCUACAUGUCCACACGCUGAGGGCAAUGAGCACCGAAAGUGUCGACACCACCGAUGUUGUCUUGGAGAAAGUAGGCAACAAGGGUGUCAUCACCUUGGAUCGACCCAAGGCGCUCAACGCCCUCGACCUCACCAUGAUCCGCAAAAUCUACCCACAGCUCAGGAAGUGGGACACAGACCCUGACAUGAAGAUGGUGAUCAUUAAGGCAAAGUCAGGAUCCAAAGCUUUCUGCUCGGGAGGCGACGUGAAGACGAUCGCGCUCACCCGUGGCCAGCCGUCGGAGCUCCGAGAUAAGUUCUUCCGUGAAGAAUACCGUCUCAACAAUCUUAUUGCCAGCCUGACUAUUCCUUAUGUUGCUCUUUUGGAUGGUGUCACAAUGGGAGGGGGUGUUGGACUUUCAAUCCACGGAACUUUCAGAGUCGCCACAGAACGGACUGUGUUUGCAAUGCCGGAGACAGCUAUUGGUUUCUUCCCAGAUGUCGGCGGCAGUUACUUCCUCCCCAGACUUCCCGGGAAGCUGGGUCUCUACCUGGGACUCACCGGGUACCGCAUGGUGGGAUGGGACGUGAUCAAGGGACGAGUGGCCACACACUUUGCAUCGUCGCAGAGGUUGCAAUACGUCGAAGAAGACUUGAUGCGACUGAACACGCCAAAUGUUUCCGACAUCGACAAGGUGCUUCUGAAACAUCAGGAUCAGUGCGAGGCUGACUUCAGAAAGGAAUUCACACUAAAAAAACACAUGGGUCGUAUCAACUCUGCCUUUGACGCACCCAGCGUGGAAAAAAUCCUUGAAAAUCUCAGGAAGGACACCUCGGAGUGGGCAAAGGACCAGGUUGCCAUUCUGGAGAAAGCGUGUCCCCUUUCAAUGAAAGUUGCUUUCAAAGAACUAAAAGAGGGAGCAGCACUCACUUUGCAAGAUGCCCUCAAGAUGGAGUUUAGGAUCUCACAGAGGUUUAUGGAGGCCAACAAUUUCUACGAGGGUGUCAGUUCAGUCCUUAUCGACCGCAGCGCAACGCCAAAGUGGGACCCGCCUACCUUGGAACAGUGCACCGACGAAAUGGUCGACGCCUACUUUGCUCCGCUGCCCGUGGAAAAGGAACUGAAGCUGUAGAGGGCGCAGGCCUCGUCGCUCUUCGUAGCUGCUGACUCCCGUUGACGACUUCUUUUUUUCUUCUUUUUUUUUAAGUUUCUUCAUUUUGUUGUUCAGAGACUCCCAAUACAGUUUUAGACUUUUUCUCUAGAAGCUCCUUCCAUCAAUGCCCGACAGAUAAGUCGACGGGUCGGAAACGUCUCCUGAGCUCGGGCUGUGCGAAUAAUGAAAUUUUAAAGGCGUUUCAUUUUGUCAUGAUCCUACGCGGACGGUAACUAUGCAGUAGAUUGACUGAUUGGUGCAGUCAUGUCUGAGGAGGAAUCACGUGGGAGAGAUAACGAAACUCGUCGUGUUGCGUGCCGACGACUGGUUUGGGGCACGCAAGCACGGGAGGUAUUUGCAAGCAGCAAAACUUCUUCUGUCGUUAUAAAACCAUAUUUUUUAAGGAGUGAGAGUGAUGUGCGGUUGUAUAAAUAUGGGAAAAUAUUAAAUUUUCCCACUAUUACCCGCAGCUUGGGGUUUAAACACGGAGAUUCGCCAACGGAAAGAAAAGUUUCUUUCUUGUCAGAUGUUUUCUUUGUAUAUCCAGUUAGCCAUGCUUUGCUGUCCCACACACUUUCCCACUUAUUAUAGUGCCCCUGUCACAAAGAAAAUUUAAUGCCAUUUCCAGCAAAUGCCAUUCACACUGAAUUCACUUUCCCAUAUGACAGUGGUAGUAUAAUUUUUUUCAAUCUCAGAUUUUUGUCACCAGGGCUUCCCCGAACUUUGCACCUCCACAAGGGAAACAUACCGGUGUACCGGAAAGUUUAGACGUACCACACCUAAAAUUUCAUGGGUUCGCACAGCUAGACUCCCGACUUGUCAAGGACAGGUUAUUUUCAAGCUUUGCUGCAGGUUGCCACGGGCAGCUGUAACAUUAUAAGAAAAGAAAGAUGCUUCUGUCAACAGUUGUUCGCUCCCAAAAAUCCGUGGAGUCAAGGUUGUCAUGGUAACACCAUCCGGUGUAAAUUUGCUGGAAGACGUUCUAAGUUGUGCUUUGUAUAUUGCUUGCACGGCACAUCUGUAUAUGUUACUAGACAAGCACCAGCAUAAACGGCCAACAAGGAAGUCGACACGAUUUUUUUACUGCUGAAGAUUGUCGAGCAUUAUGCAUUCGGGAAUUUUUAUUGUUAUGUGAAUGCCUCCUAGCAAUACAAAAUGCCGUCACUGUAUCAAUUAAACUGUGCAAAGGAAAACUUUA